AUGAAUCCAUCACCUGAAAGCAGUGCGUGCAUCUAUGCUGAGUUACUAGUCAAUAUCAGGCAAGUAUCUGUGGUUGCAAACCUGCCGUCCCCUGUGGAUGGCUCAACCAAGGCCGUGAUUGAUGGCCAGACAAUCCGGCUACAACACCAAUCCCAAUCCAGCACCUUGGUUAUACCCGCCCGGGUCGUAGCACCCCCCGUUCUCCCUCUACCGGAUCCAGAGCAACGGACGGUAAAACUAAGCUGGAGACUCCCUUUGUCGACAGCAGUACCCAAACCAGCCAGUCUCUCGUUAGAGGGCCAAGCUUUGCCUUGGGGUUCCGUCGACAUACAGAAAGAAUCACCUAUUCAAUGCCGAGGAUGCCAUCAUGAGAUAGUGCCUCGGGGGACCAUAAAAGAGUGGAAAGAUUUGCCCAGUGAGAAUUGGGCGGAGAUGAUGGAGUUUUGGCAUUGCCAUAAACCCCAUGAUCAUGAGAAACACGAUGAUGAAAAACUUACACAACGUGGCUACGGGGCAAGUAAUGCGAUAGCGGCCCAGCCAAACGUUGGGUUUGUCGACCUCACUUCCUUCAUGGUCGCUGAAUCGGAUUGUAAUGGUCUACUGUACUCUCCUUCCAUGAAAGAAUCGGGUUUCCAAUCAAGCGAACUCGCUCUAGCAGCUGAUCCGUCAUCGAAGUGGCAACAUAUAUCUUGCAAGGCCUGUCAGUCUGAAGUUGGAAUCUACAAUGUCGCAGCAUCAUCGCUAUCUUUAUUCAAGUGGCAGACGCUGUGUCAAACAGAGGCACCCAUGCCUGUCCCCAACAGCAUCCACUGCCUUGCUGCUACUCUAACCGCCUCGAUCUCGCGGACCGGGUCUUCGAAAUUUGUCGUCCUACCGCACCUCCUGUCUCAGAAGAAUGAGAACGCGUCGGGAAACCCAGCGAAGGCACUUCAUCUCUGGGUGUUAAAUCCUUAUGUUGUAUAUGCAAGCUCAAAGCUCGAGACCAAAAAGACGGCCAUGAAGAUCCUCUAUCAAUUCCUCGAUGUCGAGCAAGGUAACAAACUAGCUGAUGAUCUAAACUCGGAUCUCCAGGACAUAUCUCUGCCCAGUCCCGUUGUGGAAACCGCGGGACACCAUUUGGUCUCCAGCAGCCUGCUCCUCCCUGAGAACGAUAGAAUGUUCAGGGAAUGGCAUGUCGGGCUCCUGGAUCGGUGGGAUUCAGGUCUUGUAGAUUCAUAG